AGUGACAUAACUAAUGCGCGCCAGGGGUUCGGUGGGGUCGAGGAGGGUCGCUGUGGCGGGUGUCUGGGCCCCCCGCGGUGUAACUUCGUCUCUGCGGCCCCGUAAUGGUCUCUUCGGUGACUCCAGCAUCGCUGUUUCUUGGUGUGUGAGGAAAACGCAGAGAAUUGAGGAAGUUGCUGAGAAGAGUGUGCUGGGGAUGCUCUAGGAAAAGACUGAAUGCUGAGACGAGUUCCAGUCCUAGGGUAUCUGGUUUGCUCAAAAGAAAGUGAACAUCAUGGAUCAGAACAGCAGCCUGCCACCUUACGCUCAGGGCUUGGCCUCCCCUCAGGGUGCCAUGACUCCUGGAAUCCCCAUCUUUAGUCCAAUGAUGCCUUAUGGCACAGGACUGACUCCACAGCCUAUUCAGAACACCAAUAGUCUGUCUAUUUUGGAAGAGCAACAAAGGCAACAGCAGCAACAGCAGCAGCAACAACAGCAGCAGCAACAGCAGCAGCAGCAGCAGCAGCAGCAGCAACAGCAGCAGCAGCAGCAGCAGCAGCAGCAACAGCAGCAGCAAGCCACUGCAGCAGCAGCAGUUCAGCAGUCAACAUCCCAGCAGGCAACACAGGGUGCCUCAGGCCAAACACCUCAGCUCUUCCAUUCACAGACUCUUACAACUGCACCCUUGCCGGGCACCACUCCCCUGUAUCCCUCCCCCAUGACCCCCAUGACCCCCAUUACUCCUGCCACACCAGCCUCUGAGAGCUCUGGGAUUGUACCACAGCUGCAGUAA